CUGAUGCUAAGCGGCAGUCCCUGCUGGUGAGGAGGGAGCAGGAAAGGCAAGCCUAGAGUCUAGAUCGCCUUGGAAGUCACUGGCCAUGCCCACUCUGCUGCUCCCGCUGCUGCUGCUGCGGACGCUGCUGGCCCGCCUGCUGCUGCCUGCUGCCCGCCUUGCCCGCCGGCACUUCCUGCCCCUGCUGCGCCGGCUGGUCCACCGCCUGGGCUCUCAGGAUAUGCGAGAGGCUUUGCUGGGCUGUCUGUUGUUUGUCCUCAGCCAGAGACACCCGCCGGAUGCUGGGGAGGCCUCCAGAGUGGCCCGCCUGGAGAGGAGGGACAGGCUAGCCUCCCAAAAAUGAGGCCAUGAAUCCUGGUAGCAGCUGUAUCCAC